AUGACACAAGCUUUUGGUGACAACCAUGCAGAAGGAAUAAGUAUCCUAGCACAGGCUGUUAUUUAUCCUAAUAUCCCUGCACCCGAAGACAAGUUUUGGGCAUCGAUCAGAGACAGAGUUGGACUUGCGUGUUUGGGAUUACUUGGCCCUGAGUUUAUAAUAGUGUUGGCUAUUGGUCAAAAGUCUUCGGCACGAAGAUCAGUCGUUAAAUUCCAUGAAGAAGGAUAUGAACAAUGGACCAUUACCCAUGGUUUCUUCGCUGACAUGGGCGGAUUUGUCCUUGAGGCUGAUGAUCUCAACCAACCGAUACCUCUCAAUGCAGAACAACUAUUCUAUCUAGUUAAAAACUCGCACGUCAGAUAUCCUGAGAUAACUGCUGGAGAGCUACGAGACAGAAACAAAUCGGAUGGAUUUGCACGUCAUUCUCUUUGGAACGGCAUGGUGCUGGAAAGACAAGCCGUCUGA